AGUAGCAUUAACUUUAUGCGGGUGCGCGCAGGCGCCGUGAGUGGGCUGCCGCGCCGGCGGGCGGAGCGCGCACGCGCAGUGCUGCCCGAGCGGCUGCCCGCCGUGCGCGUGCGCGUGCGCGUGCGCGGCGGUUCCGCUUCCCGGGCGAGCGGCAUCUCCUUCCGGGGCGGCCCCGCACCUUCCUGCGGCGGCGAGAGCGGCCUGGUGGGAGCCAUGGCUCGCAACGCGGAGAAGGCCAUGACGGCCUUGGCAAGAUUUCGUCAAGCUCAGCUUGAAGAAGGAAAAGUUAAGGAGCGAAGACCUUUCCUUGCAUCAGAGUGUAAUGAAUUGCCUAAAGCUGAGAAAUGGAGGCGACAGAUCAUUGGGGAAAUCUCCAAGAAAGUGGCACAGAUUCAAAAUGCUGGGUUAGGUGAAUUCAGAAUUCGAGACCUGAAUGAUGAAAUUAACAAGCUUCUGAGGGAGAAAGGACACUGGGAAGUCAGGAUAAAGGAGCUAGGAGGUCCUGAUUAUGCUAGAAUUGGACCUAGAAUGCUAGAUCAUGAAGGGAAAGAAGUUCCAGGAAACAGAGGUUACAAAUAUUUUGGAGCCGCGAAGGAUUUACCAGGUGUUAGAGAACUUUUCGAAAAGGAGCCCCUCCCGCCACCCCGGAAAACUCGUGCUGAGCUUAUGAAGUCCAUUGAUGCAGAAUACUAUGGCUACAGGGAUGAAGAUGAUGGUAUUCUGGAGCCACUGGAACAAGAACAUGAGCGGAAAGUUAUAGCAGAAGCAGUGGAAAAAUGGAAAACGGAGAGAGAGGCACGACUUGCAAGAGGUGAUGAGGAGGAAGAAGAGGAAGAAAACAUCUAUGCUGUCAAUGAUGAUGAGUCUGAUGAAGAAGGUGGCAAAGAAAGAGAAGGUGAAGAAGGCCAACAGAAAUUUAUUGCACACGUUCCGGUGCCAUCUCAACAGGAGAUCGAGGAAGCUCUUGUACGGAGAAAGAAGAUGGAGCUUCUUCAGAAGUAUGCUAGUGAAACUCUUCUGGCCCAGAGUGAAGAAGCAAAAAGACUUCUAGGGUUGUAACCAUUGCAUCAGUAUGUCCUGGUUUUUAUAUAAUCCAUCCUAAAGCAAUAGGUUCACAUAUUCCUGUAGCAGUUUCAAGUAUUCUGGAAACAAUAUUGUGUAGCUCAAAGUACCUGUGGAUGUUAGCAAAAAGACAUGAUCAAGUUAUGGUGCAUGAUCUGAAAGGUGAAAGAACAUUUUGGUUUAUCUUCUGAAAUUACUUGCUCUUCAGUGUUAAAGACCACCAAGCCUAGAUUAAUUUAGUCUGUUUUCAGUAACUGCCUUCAGUGCUUUCACUGCACAGUGCAGUAACUGUGCAGUGGUGCCUCUUAUGGGUGGAACAGUAAAAGCAAUAACUUCUUAAAACCUGAGGGAAAUCUGGUUGUUACUGCUAUUCUGAGAGUCUCCUGCAUCCCGACUGUAAGCAUACACGUUUAUCCUUUUGAUUACUUCUACACCAGAUCUGCUUACUGGAAUAGCUAAGAACCUGUUUAGAGAUAGUUUGGCAGAUCUCAUGACUUUGAAGUUGAUUUGGUUCUUUAUCUGACAGUGCAUUUUUAUGCAGUAUGUCUAAAAGCUCAUUGCCCUUUUAUAAUUUGUAACUGUGCCUGGUUGGAUUGCUCAAGUGCUGAAUAUUUCAGCAGGUAUUGUAAAUACUUUCACCUUUGUAAUGUCUUGUUAAAAUAUUUUUAGUAAAUCUUUUAUAUAAAUUUA